AUGUCAUUUGCCGAUUUCCAAAAUUUAUUGGUAUUUAAAGAAAGUUUUUCAGAUUGGGGUGGAUCAUUACCAAUUGCUAUGCAACAAGCCCCAGUCGGUGUUAAUACUGCAUCUGCAAAGAAACAAGAGAAAAUUGAUGUCGCUACAAUGCAUAAACCCAAACCAGAAAAAGAAGAGGUAAUGAUUGAUGAUGGUAGUGGUAAAUUAACAAUUUGGCGUUUUGAAGAAUUUCAAAAAUUUGCAAUCGAUCCAAAAAAUUAUGGUGCAGAUGAAAUAUCGAUAAACUUCAUACAUAAUUAUUUAUUUUAA